AUGAGUGCUAAUGACAACGACACGGGAAGAACGAGCCCCACGGUCAUUGUGGCUCCCACUACUAGUGGCAGAGAUAAGGCAGACCGCUUGGGCAAGAAGUUCGCUGACGCGAAACGAAACAAUCGGUCACGGUUUGCGCCUUCGAGAAGUGCAGAAUCACCAUACAACGUACUGACAUCGCCGUCCAAAAAUGAUCCUGUCAAGUUGAGCAGAUUAUAUUCGAUAAUGAAUUCCAAACGGAGCACAAACAACAAAUCAAAGCGGCAACGUGAAGAGCCCGCAUUACAGCGCUCGGCCUCGGACAUUUCGCAGGCGCAGGUUAGUACGGAUGAGAAUGCUAGUAUUCCACAGGACGCGUUGGUCACUCGGUCACAGCCAGCCAUUGCGACUCCGAAUAUCGUCGAUGACCCUUCGACAACCGACCCCCGAGCAGGUGAACAGUCGGGACCAUCGCCGAACAAAUCGAUGGAAUCCAAAUCUCAGUCGCAGAGCAAAGCUCUUCAGACAGCACCCAAUGGGAACUCCCAGUCUACGCCAACAAAAGGCUCCCAGCCGUCUCCAUCUCAAUUUGGCUCUAAUAACACACACCUGGCGCCUGGACAACGCCACCUGCGCAUCAGUAAACAAGCAUUUGAGAAGAACAUAGCUCAAAUAAGCGACAAUAUUUCCACUUUCCAAGCCGUUGUGAGAAACCCAGCGCGUACCUCGCACACAGACCAGCAGUCGUCGGCAGAAAAGACACCCAAGGAGCCAGCAGUGCCAACUCCGCAAACUCCAACCCGGCAGGCUGGUUCCCGGGACGCGGCCGGCAACCAGACAGGAUCAGAUAAAAAGGUUUUGUUUUCUGGCAACGUUGAUAAAUCACCAAUUGCGUCGUCUCCAAUCAAGGAGCCUUACGAGCCACGGUCAAUCUUGAAAGUGAGUCCGCCUAAGGCGGAUUUACCGAGAUCUGUUGGAGGGGACAUAGAUGAAGAGUUCCCGGCAGGUUCCUUGAUGCAGAGAGAGCCAAACGAUCCGACGUCAAUCGAGCUGAUCAGAAAAUGCUACCGGCUUCUACAGAAAGAAGACAACCCUAGAAGGUUUGAGAUCCUUGCUACUCUUCAUAACACGCUCAAGAUCAACAGCGUGGAAUUUAAUACUCGCGAGUUGAACAAAGCUGACGUUUCGAGCAUCGCCAAGGUGGCCUGUGCCGAGAUUGCAAGGGCGUACGUAUCACCGGAUAUGGACUUCGAUGCAGUGGAGUCAAGAACGACCAUAUUAGGGGUAAAGCUGAUCACCACGGUCAUGUCGAUGUUUGAGGUGUCGCAGACCGCCGAGAUAGUCGAGAUGUUGUGCACGUUGGUGUUGAGAAAACGCAUAUCCAAAGCUAUGGCGUCCGCUUUUGUUCAGUUCUGCAAAGAACAGUCCUGUAUUCUCCCUGGAGGUUCUAGUGAAAUGGCUAUCAAUGCGCUUAUGACCAUGCCAUUUUAUCCUAGCGGAACCAUUGUUCACGAGAAGAUUCUUGCUUUGAAGAAAAUAGGCUCAAAUGCUCCAGCAAGCAUGCUCAAGACUUGCAACAAGUGGUUUCCGUUUAUUUUGGCCAGCAUCAUGAGUAUCGAUCUGGGCUCACACCAGAGAAUUCUUCAAGCUGUGGUUGCCCUUUUGAACGAGUGGACUUCGAACUGCAAUCCUAAAAUUCGCGAGGACGUGCUGACUUUAAUGAGCGAGGACGCCGAAACCUUUUUGAGCUUGCACGCCGUGGAGGCGAGUCAAAAUUUACUGGAGCCUGGACUAUCUGUUUGCGAUCUUCUAGUCAAGACACUCAACAUUACCCUUAGACGGGGUGCAUAUGUGGAAGCAAUGAAAAUAUGGGCCUUGGUCACCUACUCGAUUUCGGCAUUCACCUGGAAUAAGGGGAUCGAAGAUUGGCCGCAUCUAGAAGCCUGGGUCUCGGUAUUCACCGAGUGCUUCAAUGCAGAUGGUCUUCCUCCCAAAAUUGCAGCCUUGGAGGCAUGGAAAGGCAUUAUUUUUGCGUACCAGAGCUCAAUGGUGUACCGGGCAUCUCUAUCCCCAAAGACAAAGAGCGAAGAGGAGCUGAUCGACGUCAAGUUUCAUGUACUGGCUCACCCAUUUUUCGGUUUAGCGCUAAAGCUCAAUGACACUUUGUUUGUCGAAUACCAGAAACUCUUUGUGAGAAUAUACCAUAGUCUGUACAAGUUUCUCACUAGGAACCCACAGGAUGAAGGAGCAUCUAUGAAUGGUGCCAUUAAAUGGAUCUGUACGAUUCUGGGCCAAUUCUUUCUGGCAGAAUCAAGAAGUGCUGAGCAAUUGGAGUUUGCCAUCAACUUCUUCGAGCAGAUGCUUACAUCAAACCCUUCAAAACCAGACUUAGCCCAAACCAAAUUGCAGAAAGACUGUUUUGCUGAUGACAUCGCAAUAGAUUCUCUCUCGGUACCACCAAUCAACACACUCUGGGUGGCUACCUCGCCAGAUCAAUUUGUUGAGCUUCUGAAGAUUGCAUGUAAAAGCAAAAUCCCUGUUGCAAAGAAACUCAAACUAAUCACGCUAUUUGUCCGCGGAUUGAGAACGGGGCUUUCGCCAAGUUCCGUUGCUUUUACACGGUUGACAGAGCCAGUCAUCGCGAUAUUUCUCGAUACAUUUUCUGAAGUGGAGCAAGAUUGUGCAGAGCUAGGCAACCUUGAAGAAAUCGAGCGUGUCCUCUCUGACUUCUUCCAGGCCAUAGACAUUCUCAAUAGUUUGUACCUAUGGGGAGAAACUAAGUCCGUUUUCACCGUUGUCUCCCAAUGGCUACGGAAAUUAGACGAUAAGAACGCUCAACAUGGGUCCAACUUGGUAGCGGGCUAUUUGGACAAAAUCUUCUCACUAGAUGUAAACCGUUAUGUGCAAGCAUGCAACGAAUUGCUAACUCAUUGCCAAGGAUUCGAGAAACUAGUUACAGAUUCGCUAGUUGCACAUGUAUGUUCGGCUUAUUUCAAUGCUUCACCAGUUGUGUGGACGUCUAUUUUUGAAAAAUUGGGUGAGAGCAUAUACAUUGACAUUCUAUCUCGCCUUGUCUUGAACGAGGUGGGCCACGAUAGCGCUAUAGACGCUCAGAAGCACGAUAAGUUCUGGCAGGCUACAAAACUCAAAACGGUAUCAGAUGAACAACUCUAUGUCCUCUACGACGUCUUGCUAUCGUGCCCAGGAACAGAGCUUCUGCGCUACCAAGUUAGCAAUUGCCUUCUCAACGGGAAGCCCACCCUUUAUCUUCCUGUUGUGAAUCGAGUACUGAAACGUAUUAUAGAUCAAGGUCAAUGUCCCCAAGAGGAACUCCAGCUAUUUCUUAGAAAAAGAAGUAGCUUAAUUCAUCACAACGCAGCAGGUUGCAACAUGUUUCUGGGAAAGACAAUUAAAUUGGUCUCCCGGUUGCAAAGUAUGAUAGAAGGGGUGCCAGAAACCCAAAGCUCGUCGCAAUCUUCGAACGCUAAAAGCGAAACAGAAAAACCUCACAAAAAUGGUACGAAGGAGACACCUAUACCAUCCGUCCAGCAGCAACUUGAGCCAGAACCAAAUAGACCACAGAAAGAUGCGGUGCAGGGAGCUCAAACAAAACAGUCUGGACCGGAAAAGUCUGAGCAACAGGAGUCCCAGACACAGGAACCGGAGCGGCAAGACUCCUCGGCUACCGGAACAAGCACAGAACUUACUACGUUUGUCUUACGCUCGGACGACGAAGAAGAGGAAGAACAGCCUAUUGAUAAGUCCGGCACCACAUCUGAGCAACCAGUUGCUACUUCCUCGCCUCAAAGAGCUGCCGACCAACCUGCUUCCAAGCCUGUCAUUCCUCAAAGUUCUCAGGUGAGUUCUCCUAUAGUUGGAAUCUCGCCGACUCAGGUUCCUAUGCUGCCAAAGGCAACACCACAGAAAGCUUCAGAAACAAGCGAGAGGGCCAAAAACCAACCUUCGGCGCAACCGCAUAAUGUUUCGCCUGUCCCCGCAACGUCCGGUUUGCCAUCAGCAACGCCUCUGUCUCGGGCUGCUGUGCCACCAGCUCUGGAGGUUUCUGCGACAGCACCUCGCGAGCUGCCGUCGAAUCAUGGUGAAAUCAGCGAGAAACAGCCAAGCGUUUCGCGCACCCAGACGUCCCCUCCAGCAGUCGAGCAGUCUACACCAAGCCAACAAACACCUUUUGGCCAGUCCAGCAUACCUCCUUUCAGAGAGCCUGCUGAGAGAAGCUUCUUUGGUCAGGACACCAGCCAGUUUUUGCCACCAUUUCCACCAAUGCCCUACUACGGCUAUCCAUACUACCCAAUGAUGCCACCUGCUACAGGAAUUGCCGAAAAGCCUCCACACAUGCAUCACAUGCCAAUGUAUUAUCCUAUGCCUUAUCCAUGGCCCGCGCCCUUACCUGGUCCAGAAAAAGCUCUAGAUGCUAAAGAUCCAGAGAAUUGGGUCAAGCUGGAAGAACUGGUGACAAGGCUUGCCCGCGAGAAUCCUGACGGAGUCGAUGACUUGGAGGAAACGAAAAAACGGAAACUUGAGGAUGACUUAUUUACGCUACUGACGUGUUUGAAAAAAAGACGCUAA